AUGUAUCAGACUACCGCUGUUGGUUCUCUCCUGGUGGGCAGUGUCAUCAGCAAAAUCGAUGCUGAGCACCCAGGAGUCUACAAGCCUGAGCAUGUUGCUCACACUUUGUCUUUUCUUGCGGGUGCAGCGCUCUUCGUCCUUGGCAUUUUGCGUCUUGGUUGGCUCAUUGAGUUCAUUCCAUAUGUGCCGAUAUCUGCUUUCGUCACAUCAGCCGCCAUUACCAUCAUCUCUACUCAGUUGCCAACCGUCCUAGGUAUUAAAGGUAUCGAUACGCGAACCUCCCCAUACAAGGUGUAUAUAAGUACGCUGAAAGGCCUGCCCAGUAUGCAGCUUGAUGCCGCCGUCGGUAUCACAUGUAUAUUACUGCUUCACCUGAUUCGCAGCACAUGUGCGAAAAUGGAACUCAGGCAGCCAACAAAAAAGCGCGUUUGGUCUCUACUAUCUUCGCUGCGACUGACAUUCGCUAUUCUUCUUUACACGUUGAUAAGCUUCCUGGUCAACCGCACCGCGAAGAAAGGAGAAGAGAAGUUCCGAAUCGUGGGCCAUAUCGACAAAGGUUUCAGCCAUGCCGGUGUUCCCAAGAUGAACACGAAACUUAUUGGACUGGUAGCCUCUGAGCUGCCUGCCAUUAUCAUCAUUCUCAUUGUUGAGCAUAUCGCUAUUGCAAAAUCCUUCGGACGCAUUUUCGGUUACACUGUUGUUCCUUCGCAAGAGAUGAUCGCUCAAGGGGCAUCAAACAUGCUCAGUCCAUUUGUUGGGGGAUACGUCUGUACCGGUUCCUUCGGUGCUUCCGCAGUCUUGUCCAAAGCAGCUGUUCGUACUCCUCUUGCAGGCUUGUUCAGUGCGAUGGUGCUUGUAUUGGCCCUAUACGCCCUUACAGCAGUCUUCUUCUUCAUCCCAAACGCGGCACUCGCAGGUCUGAUCAUACAUUGCACAGCCAACUUGAUCACACCGCCGCGUUCACUCGUCAAGUAUUGGCACUUCUCGCCAUUCGAAUUCUUUAUCUGGAUUUGUGGUGUCGUUAUCGCUUUCUUCACUGACCUUGAGACCGCAAUCUACGUCACGAACGAAGAAACGCGCCAAGUAUACCUUCCAUACGACAUCAAGGACAACCGCAAUCCUUCCGUGAAGGUCGAGCCUGUAUAUCCAGGGGUGUUCGUAUAUCGUUUCGCCGAGAACUUCAACUACAUCAACCAAGCUCAUCACAUCGAUCACUUGACGACAUACAUCAAGUCGCAGACGCGGCCUACUGAUGUGAAUGACGGCGUUCGCCCCUCGGACCGUUUGUGGUGCGAAAAGCUACCUUCAACGAAGCUGUUGGAAGAGGAGUCCGAUCUGCCAAUACUCAAGGCCGUCGUGCUUGACUUUGCGACUGUGAACAUCAUCGACAUCACCAGUCUACAGGGCUUGAUCGAGCUCCGUAGUACCUUAGAUCGAUACGCAGCGCCCGAAUUAGUGGAGUGGCAUUUCGCAGGCGUACACAACAGCUGGACACGCCGUGCACUGGCCCACGCUGGGUUUGGCCUUCCCGCCGGCAAUAGUCUUGGAAACUGGUGUCCUGCGUACACCGUGACGUCGUCUUUCGUUGGCGCGACCGAAGACGAACAGCGCGAUCUGGAAGCUUUGCGACGAGAGGCUGAGAAGAAGGACAAGGAGAGCCGGAAGACGGCGCAAGUUGUUCGUGAUGCAGAUUCACGCGAUCCAAAUAUGGAGAAAAAGCAGAGCACUCUCACAACACCGGGUCAGCAUCCGGCGCUGACAACUAUCUACGGCACUGACAGGCCGCUUUUCCACAUCGAUCUGCACGACGCAGUUGACGCAGCGGUUCGAGACGCGAAGCGGCAGGAUUCUAAAGGUUGCUUGGUCGACCAUGCAUCUUGCGCCAGCAGAGGCGAUAGUGUUCACACCAGUCCGGUCUAG